CAGUGGACCUUUGCAGUUUGCCUGGCCUGUAGGUAUUGCUGUGCACCCUCAAUCCAAGAAGAUAUAUGUUACAGAUGCCGGUAAUGGCCGUGUCCAGAUCCUCAAUGAAGACCUGACAUUUUACAAGACAUUUGGCUCCAGAGGCUCAGGCAAUGGGCAGUUUAAUAAUCCACUUGGAGUUAGUUUUGACAGUACUCGGAAUGUAUACAUUGCUGAUACUUUUAACCGCAGAGUACAAGUGUUCACAGCAGAUGGAGAGCACAUUCGACAGUUUGAGAAGAGAGGAAGCAAUAAGAACGGAAUAGCCAUGGACUCAAACAACAUUGUCUAUGUUAGUGACUCUGCUAACAAUAUCUCAGUCUUCACUAAAGAGGGACACUUUCUGACAUCAUUUGGCACGCAAGGAAAUAGACCGGGACAGUUUAACCGUCCAAGUGGAAUGGCUAUUUCAAGGAAUGGAGUCAUCUAUGUCAGUGACUGCAUCAAUGAGCGUAUUCAAGUUUUUUGAGAAAUUUUUUCUCUUAUGCAUCUUGCGUAUAAUAUGUUACAAACAAGAUGUUCAGUUAUUCUCAAGCAAAAGUUGAAUCUACUUUGCGCUUGCUUGCAUUCAAAUAAGCGAAGCGGGAACUACCCACCACAAUUUGUAUCGAUGCAUAAUUUCGUAGACUGGUUGUAAGCCGCAAGAUUUGCGGAGAAGAUCCUUGACUUUCUGAAAGGGUACAUUCUGGGGAUUUAUGGGACUUACCUAUGGCGGGCCAGUCCCCCACAAACAAAUCCUAACCCUACUGUCAAUCAUCUUGCCAUGCUUGAUCACUUCAUCUCCUUUUGCCUCGGGUUCCCCAUUACUUUAUGCUUUUUACUUCUCCACUUUUUUUCAUUUUCCUUGCCUCUUUGUCUUUGCCUCCUCUUUGUUUAUUGCAUGGUCUAUUUAUACAACAUUUCUUCCCACCACAUCCUCUAGGUUGGGACUCUACUGAAGUUGGUUGGUUCUUCAGUUCCAGUGGAUGAGUCUCAUUCUCUUCUGGAGCCUCUCCUCAGAGAUAAGUCCAAGGUGGGGGUGAUGGCAGGGCAGGCGUGGCAGGAGAUCCAGAGCGUCGUCUCUCUCUUUCGUCUCCUGGGGGGUAAGGAGCAGGUGUUACUCCACCCCGCACUCUCCCCCGCCUACCACCAUUACUCCGGAGUAGUCUUCUCCGUGUUCCAGACGACGGGGGAGGUCCAUAGGGGUCAACGACGUCAUCGGAGCAGGGUUAUACCUGUUGCUAUUGGUGGGAGAUACGACAGACUGCUGAGUGGCCUCAAGUCCUGUGGGGACGGAGUCUCUCCUGGAAUGGGCGUGGUUGGUGUGGGUGUGGUUGGGGAGGAGAUAAUGAGGGGCGUGACAUCUGAAUACCAACAUGGAAGGUGUCCAGUGACCAAGAGCAGUGUCCUGGUGUGCUGGCUGGGGCACGAGUCACUGCAGGCUCAGUGCUUGAAGCUGGUCACACAGCUGUGGUCUCACGGGGUGGCAGCUGACUUGGUAUACGAGAACCAGGAACUAGACUCCCUGGAAGACAUUCAGGAAUUCUGCCGCCGGAGUCUGAUACCGCACAUCGUGGUAUUGAGUGACAAGGAGCUGUUUUUUGAGAGGAAGCAGGUUAGAUUGAGGUCACUGGAGGUCAACGGGAAGACGUCGGAGCGAGUCCUGGGCGUGGCGGAGCUACCAGAGUUUCUUCUGCAGCAGAGACACAGUACGGACCGCAGCGACUCUGUAGAGACUCAGACAACCACCAGAUCAGGGGGAGGCCCCUCUGGUUCAGACUCGUUUCCCUCCAACGCACGCCCACCAGUCUGUGUGACUGUUUUGUCGACCUCUAAGCUGAGUGGCCACAACAAGAGAAAGAUUCAUGAUGCUACUCUGACAAAGCUGCUGCCAUUGCUGGAGACGUUUCCCUCCAAACAGCCUCUGGAGAUAUUGGUGGUGGACCUUAAAAGUGAUGUCCUGUGUUCUUUGGCUGCGGAAGUCAAUAGAAAGAAAUGUGGCCCAGACGGCGGAGAUAUGGUGUCGGUUGUCAAGUCCCUCACCGAGAGACACUCGGCGCUAAACAAGAAGUACGUCACUAGAGUCUGCGAGAGUAUUGAGGAACUUCUGCAGAAAAGAGUGUCCAUGGUAUUUGUGUACAGCCACUCUUCGGAACACUGUCAGACUAUUCUGAACUCUCUCGAGUCACUCGGCAACCUUCACAUCACUGCUUCAUGAUCUCAAUCAUGCGACGACGUCAUUGCUGUAUCACAUGAUCCUCAUACUUGGUCACGUGGCCUCGUCCCGUCACAAACAUUCAUACAAUGAGUCACCCAGUUCACAAUGUGUGUAUGUUUAUUUAUUACAUUUUUAAUUCCGUGGUGGUUAA